AUGGCACAGGGCGGCGGAAAGUCGCCAGCCAAGCAGCCGGGCGGCGGGCGGGCCGGCAAAAGCGUGCCGCAGCUCAUAGAGGAGGAGGGGCGCAAGCUGCUCGACGGUGGGCUCAACGACGACGAGACGUGCGUGGUCUGCGGACACCUCGCGAUGCUGACGUCCUCCCAGCCCGAAGAGGCCCCCAUGCAGACCCUGAAGGAUGUGCUGCCCAGGCUCAUGGACCUCCUGUCGGGAUCGCAGCAAGAGGCGACUCUUCAGAACGCCAUCGCGGCGCUCGCCGGGUCCUGCGCCCUCGACCCCCAGCUCGCAGAGGCUGCGUACAACGCGGGGCUGGUCGGCCGCGUGUGUGCGCUGCUGAAAGAGAACUCGAGCAUCCGCGCGAUCAUGGCCUCGGACAACGCACCCAGCGAGGCGCCAGAGGCUAGCCCCCAUGCUGGCACGAGAACGAAUCUCGCUGUCCUGGUGUCCUCGCUCGCGCAAUCCUGGCCCGACGCCGGCACCGCCCUGCUCGAGAACGGCGCCGUUGCCGCGGUGCUCGACUCGCUCGACCUCCGCGAGGACCGCGAGGUCGUCGCCGCGGCCUGCGACGCCCUCUGUCAGCUGUGCACCGCGGAGGGCGUCCGACCGGGGCUCCGCGGCGCCGGUGCGGUCGGCGCGGCGGCGCGUGUGCUGUCUACGGACGACGCCGAGCUCGCGAUCCGGGCCCUGCUGGCCAUCGGGAUGCUCGUAGGGAGGGUCAAAGAGGAGCAGCGGGCGGCGCUAGAGGAGCUGGCGGGGGCGCCGGGGGCGGUGGCGGCGCUGGUGCGGUGGAUGCGCGGGGCGGACGGGGACUGUCAGUCGGUGGCGCGGGACCUGUUUCAGGGGAUGAGCGCGGAGGAGGGGCUGAAGGAGCAGGUGCUGGCGGCGCUGCGGGCGCAGGAGGCGGGGACGGACACGUUCGUGAACUGA